GAUUUUUGCAUUCCCGGGUGUGUAGUACAACACAACACCAAAAAAAAAAAAGCUCAUCUCCGGAACCUGCAAAACUGUCGGGGAUAGUUGGAGCAGCAGAAGCAUAUUGAAGUUUUAAAAUAGUGUAGUGUUCUCUAAAGGUGAAGAUCUGCAGAUCCACAAGAAUAUCACACUGAGUGAGAUAUAUAGAGCAGUGCCCAAAAAUUAUCUUUCAUAAAGGAACGCAUUAACCUACAAGCCCAUACAAUCCCACGAAAAUGAGCCAAUGAUCUCGAGGCAAAGCAACAUGUCAGCUUUAAGCGUCGUUUUAACGUUCAACGCAGUGCUCAGCAGCGAUCUGCCAAAUUAAAAGAUGUAUCAUGGAACAAGGCAUUCUAGCAUCAGCUGUACCGACGCCAAAAACUCCAAUCUAUCAGCGCUACACAACCGCCCUCCAGAAUGACCCCCGGUGUUCGCAAGAGGUAGCGCUAGGCAGACGCAUCGGCCUGUACCGGUUCUGUGGCGAUAUCGGACGAGGCAACUUCUCGCGUGUCAAGCUCGCUGUUCAUCAAUUAACCAAAGAUAAAGUCGCUAUUAAGGUAGUGGACACCAGUCGUCUAGAUGCUAAGGCGCUACGCAUGUUGUCGCGCGAGGUAAGCACGCUUGAGUGUGUUUACCAUCCAUUUAUUCUAAGACUGUUCGAAGUGAUAGAAACAUUGGGAAAGAUCCAUCUGAUCAGCGAAUGGGUGCAAGGCGGUGAGCUUUACAAUCGCAUUACGGAGGUCGGCCCGCUCAAGGAACCGCACGCUGCACUGCUUUUCCAACAACUGCUACUGGCUGUGAAGCAUCUGCAUAGUUUAGGUUUCGUGCAUCGUGAUAUCAAGGCGGAGAAUGUGUUACUGGUGAGCGAGGAACGCAUUAAGCUGGCCGAUUUUGGCUUCAGCACUCAGCUGGUAAACGGACCCUGGCAGCAUUUGGACACGUUUUGUGGUUCACCACCGUACGCGGCACCGGAACUGUUCAGCGACGAUCACUACAUCGGAGGGCCGGUCGAUAUCUGGGCCCUCGGGAUAUUGCUCUACUUCAUGCUGGAGGGAUGUAUGCCGUUCAAAGCACCCACGGUACCACUGUUAAGGACGGCCGUGCUUAAGGGAGAAUUUGUCAUCUCCACCAGCCUGAGUGUGCCAUGCUGUCGCGUCAUUCAACGAAUCCUGGUUCACACACCAUCCCGACGACCCACGAUCGAGCAACUGUUGGACUGCCAGUGGUUCAGAUACGCACAGGAUCAUGCCGGUCGCCUCGGAAGGGUGAACCAUCAUCAUCAAACCACCACCGUCGGCCAAAAUCGAAACCCCAACAAUGUUCCUAGGCGAAGGCGAAAAAAGCUGUUCUGGUUUUUUCCCGCCCCUCGCGAUCGCCUUUCCUCGCCCGAGUCGAACGCAUCCAGUCGUGAUAACAACCUUAGUGCUGCCAACAACAAUCAGCGUCACCAACAUCAUCACCAUCAUCGGCACCAACCAAUAACGUCCUCCUCGACGAAGUCAUCGUCCUCGCGGGACGAGCGCCUAGCCAAUGCACCGGAGAUACCCAAUUUGCGUACGAUCGCUUGCAGCACCAAGCGGGCCGCAAGCGUGUUGGAGGAAAGCUAUCUGCAUCCGCUCAAGCCGGAUCCACGGGUCACGGCUGACGCGGCGGACACCACAUUCGUCACCGAGCACCAUCUGCAUCAUUCCCAUUUAAGCAAGGAUCUAUCCAACGAUGUGUCAAAUAAUAAUAAUGAUAACAAUAACGCUAAUGGUACGAAUAACUACAAUAAUCAACUCACAAACGAUCCGGCAGCCGGAAUCAAUGGCAAUCGUAAGGAAAGUGGCACCAGUCAGGAGAGAAAACCCCGUCGAUUUUCCUUUGGUCGCACGCUAAAGAAGCGCAUCGGCCCAAUGGAGCUGGUGUCGGCGGAAAGUUUAACCGGGCCGGAUGGUGUGUCGCGUGCCAAUCGCUUGAUAGAUCUGCGCGAAAAGCUGCACCGAACGAUUGAUGAAGAACAUGGCCGGUUCAUGAUGUACCCGACGACGGCCGUUUCCUCGGAGGGUAAUCGACACUUGCAUCCGUUGGAAAUGGAAACACGCCGUCUGAUGAAGGCACUCGGUAUAACCGGAGACAUGAUAGCGCGAGCGGUUACAAACGGACCACGCAGUGACAUCAUCGGUGUGUACCGCAUCAUAAUGCAUCGUUUACAGCGGGAGCAAACGAGCGCCCGGCUAGCGACGACAAAUGGAGGGGCCUACGAAUUUCUCGAGCUGAAAUCAAUCACUGGGACGGCGCAUUCCGGUUCCAGCACGGGACGUAGUGGACCAAACAGUGGAGCUGGGCGCAACACUGCCAACAGUCGGCGACAUAUCGAUCAGAACCGUGCAAGGAUCUGUGCCAUUCUUUAAAGAUUUAACAACCGGGAGGGGGCCCAUGUGGUCAGAUCCUUGCCACUGUUUCCCGCUAAUGUGAUAAUCCUCAUGGGAUUAAUUGGGAUCAGUGCAACUGCUACUAGUUACUAUAUUUAGCCUCGUAACGUGUACCAUUUCCCGACAGAUUUAGACGGGGGCGGAAACUGCGAUACUGCGGUAUCACUAAUGUUGCACUAGUAGACCACCAAAACCAUAGAGGAUAAAGUCAUAUUUUUAGAAGGAAAUAACAUUGUUAACUGUUAGUUUUAGUGUACUACGGAGGUUGCAUCAUGGACCAUCAACCGGUAGCUUCAAAGAUCAUCAGACGCAGCCAAACGGAAAUCGAUGACUCUCUUUCUCCCAUCCGCAAACCGAUUCCCACCUUUACAAGAGGUGGUGACGGUGCAUAGAAAACACAGCCUAAAACUUUUAUAAAAACCCGAAUCAAACGACAUUUUGCAAAAGGACAAACCAGAUGUAGUAAUGAAUCGAUGUUAGGCUCUGUGGAGCAGCCAACCCGUGCGGACUGUGCUCUUGUGUAAGCUUUAAUAUAUUUAUUUUCCAUAAACAAUCAAAACUCGCUACAAGUUUUAGGAAAAACCAGAAAAGACAUGUGCAUCGUUCCAAAAAUCCUACGCGCAACGAUACGGACCGUGGUGUAGUGCGUAUCAAGUUACUCGUUAUGUCUGUUGUUUUUAUUUCUAUAAACAAAUGAUCAAAUCAUACUAAACGUGUAAUAAAAUAUGCAACAUCGAAGCGGUCAAACCAGAAACAAAAAUAUACAAUUGCUGUAA